UUGUGUUGGGUUCCAUUCUCUCAGUGCAGUAGUUUCAGAGCUGAAGGCAUUCCGCAAUCAUCCCUGGACACCAUGCUCAAGAGAUUAAGUUCUUUUCGCUUCAGUUUGCGCAGAGAGGCCAAAGAUGCAGAUUCUGAACCAUCUGAAUCAGCAACGACAGCGGUAAGUUCGAAAAAUUCAAAUAUUUGGGCGCCAAGCGGGAAAUCCCACCCAAAAAAAAGAGAUACACUGGAAAUGUGAGGUUAUGGUGAAAUGUCAGGGGUCCGUGAGUAAAAUUUCGUGUGGAGGAAAGAAAAAAAGUUAAAAAUAGCAGUAAAAUGAAUAAAUUCAUUUGUUUAUUGUGAAGACAUACAUAGGAGAGAAAACAUGAAUCACAUUGGGACGAAAGAGAAGAAUAACUUUACCAGCUAUUUGCCGGAAUAUCAGACUGAUCAGGAUGUCGAUGGUGAUCUGGAGAGGAACCUGAAGCCUAAAUUCCUGCAUGGAGAACUAGAGGUGACACGAGCCAGUAGAGUUGUCCUAUAUCCUCCGGUGACCAAUAAGGAAGAUGCUGGUGCUGGGAAAGAAGGUCUCCUGGUGGUUACUAAUUUCAAAUUGUCCUUCAUCACCCUGGAGGAUUCACAAAGUGCUAAUUUCGUGUAUCAAGAAAAUAUAUUUCUGGGGAAGAAUGAUGUGACUCUAUCCAAUAUUGACAUGAUCUACCAAGUGGUGGACAAGAAGAAGAAGAUUCUCAGUCCACAGAAUAAAACCAGCUCGAGAAUUGAGUAUCUUCUAAUUGUUUGUAAGAACUUCCGAACACUGAAAUUUGGCUUUAAGAACUCAGAAGCCAAAAAGGGAAAAAAUAUUGCGGAUGCCUUAUUGAAAUUUGCAUUUCCUACGCAGCAUAAUUUGCUAUUUUUAUAUAGAUACAAAGAAAAGUAUUACAACACAAUCCGGAAUGUGACGAUGUUCAAUAAAAAAUCCGACUGGGUGUCUGAAUUGCAUCGAUGUGGUGCUAGUACAAAAGAUUGGCGUGUGCUGUACAUUGAUAAUGAGAGCAGUUUGCCUGGCAAUUCCAUGCCCAUGAGCUAUGUCAUCCCCAAAGACAUCACAGAUGAGGAUUACCUCCAGACAGCACAGACAUUCCGGGGAGCACGGAAUGCCAUCUGGGUGUAUCAGUAUGAGAGUGCAUCCCUCAUCCGGAUGGCCGAAUUGGCCGACAAGACGGACAGCAGGAUGGAAAAUGUGGUGAUAGAGCGCGUGAGAGCAUGUCAUCCGACAAAGAGGCAACCAUACAUUAUGGAUCUCACAAAGCCCACCCUCCACACCAUCAAUACCAGCUACCAGAAACUCAGACAACUCUGCACACCCGACAGUCCCAAAACCUUCUCCGAACAGGACGACAAGUUCCUCAAGCACCUUGAGGCCUCUUCGUGGCUCCUCAAUGUCUCCCAAUGCCUUAGCUAUGCCCACGAUGUGGCGGGACGCAUGAAGAAUGGCGAGACAGUGAUACUGCAGGAGAAUGAGGGAAGAGACAUGUGCUGUCUUAUCUCCAGCCUCACACAAAUCAUUCUGGACGCCUACGUGCGCACCAUCAAUGGGUUCCAGUCGCUAGUGCAGAAGGAAUGGGUGGCUCUGGGGCAUCCCUUCAGCGAUCGGCUUAGGCAUGUAAAUAGCCCGGUGGUGACGGAAGAGUGUCCGUUGUUCCUGCUCUUCCUGGACUGCACAUGGCAGCUGUUGCAGCAAUAUCCGCAAGACUUUGAAUUCACUGAGACGUACUUGACUACAAUGUGGGAUGCCGCCUUUAUGCCCAUUUUCGAUACAUUCCAGUUCAACUCGGAGCACGAUCGUUUGGUGGCACGAAAUGAGGGUCUAAUCCUGCGUCCAGUAUGGGACUGGGGUGAACAAUUUGCCGAUAAAGAUAUUGUCUACUUCUCGAAUCCCUGCUACCGAAGACCUGCUGUAGAGCCCUCAAGGAGAUCUGUGGUACUUCCAGCUACUGCUAUUCCUCUGCCCAUUAUUGGGGCUCCAGACUACCAUCCAGUUCAACCACUGUCCAGUGGCUCGAGAAUUGUACAGGGUAUCCCAGUGGAUACGGAACCUCGGGUGAUCCUCAGUCCUCAGUGUUCGGUAAAGUGGCUGGAUGUUUGGGUACAGUGCUACUACAGAUGGUUGCCCAUUGUUGAAAUUCCUAAUGGGGGAAUGCCACAAGUUGAGCUAUUUCAUCGUGUCAUCCUCAGUAAUAUCUGCAAAUUGCAGCAGGCCCUACAAACGGGCGAUUUUGACGAUUUACCGACGUCACAGCAAAAUGGAACAGAACGAAUGGUGCAGAAUUUACCUUCCGUCAACUCCUUCUUCCCCUUCAGUCGUAACAAUUCCGAUCCCAAUGAACUCACAGAUAUUCUCAUUGCUAGCAAUGAACUUCUCGUGGAUGGAUCUAUAUUUGAUGCCAUCUCGCAGGCUCACAAUGAAUAGGAUUAAAAAGAGCCACUGUGUGACUUCCGGGAGAAAAUAAUGUAUAAUAAAAAACCCCCCAGUAUCUUCUGUGUAUGUCCGGAAGCUUCGCCAAAAAAAAACAACAAAGAAGGUAAUGUGUGGUCUUAAGGGACAGUGCAGCAGAAGAAUUAUAAUUAAACCAAACACUAUCGCGCUAUUAUUUUUGUUUCCUUUUUUAUAGAGCACAUUAUACUUUUUUUUUAAUUUAAUUACAAUAAUACAUGUAUAAUGUUAAUAUAUUUAUUAUGUCAAUUUAUUAGUUACGUAAGUAGUUAACGAAGUAAAAAGAAAUUAGUGAAAAAAAGUUGAGAUAUAGGCCAAAAAAUCACAUUAUUUUUUUUUUUAGUAAUUUACGGCAUAUUUUCUAAGUUGAUAUAAUCAAUCUUUUUACGAUUUAGUAACAAGAGAUGAAGAAAUUUUUUUGUUACGUAAAAAAAACUCAAGUUUUUCCUUUCAACUUUUUUUUCUUGAUAGAUUAGAAUUCAACACUUUGGUUUGGCUUUGGCAAGUAUUAUUCUUGUUGAGCGAGAGAUUAAUUUAAGUAUUUUGAAGAACAACUACACGUUUCUUUUCUUUUUUUUCUUUGUCUCUUAAAUUCAAAUAUCGAUAGAUAAUACUGCGUUGAUGAAUACUAUUAAUUUGUCUCCUAUUUUUAAAGUUUACUAUUACAAUUAUUUUGAAUAAAUGACACAUUAAUUCAUAA